GUCGUUCCCAUGUUGGCUGUUUUUCUCGCCACUUGCCGGAUUGAUGGGAAAUGCGGCCACGACGUGCUUCGAGCAUAUGAAUGCACCGCCACCUGGACCGUCGCAGCGUCCUGCGGACGUCCAUCUGUCGUUGGAGCAGGUGGAGUCCACCUGUGUGGACGGCGACCUCGUCCUCUGUCGUGAACUCGUGUACAAUCCCCACAUGAUGACUACCCUCAACCCCGUCGUGGUCAACGGCAUCGCAACCGCCUCCGUAUCGGGAAACUUUUCCACAAAGCAUCGCGACCUCCCUGCAUGGACCUCAUGUGGUCUCCUGGUUCGUCAUGAAGCCAGUCUCCAUGUCCUCGAAGCCACGGGCGCCGGCAUUCGCCUCACGCCGCUCAAGCAUAAAAUUCACACCAUGGCGUCCGCCAGACAAAAUCGAUUUUGUAUCCGCCGGCUGCAGCCCUCGCAUGCACACGUCAUUCCCGCGCUUCGUCGGCUUCUUGGAAUCUUUGCCGCAAACGCUCCUUGCACAUGGCAACAAGCCAUCACGUCCACUCAACCGGACAUUCAGUCCAUCAUUGGCCGCGUCCUGGAGCUCAUCAAGGGCAGCGUGGCGCCGCUGACGUCCGCCGAGCUAGAAAUGGUUCGCUAUGCGUUCAACAAACAUGACGUAGAAUGUCUUGGGUGGCUGUUCCUCGAAGAUUUCGCCAAGGUGGCCGCGGAAAUCGACGACAUGGAGCUUUUCAAGCACCAUCCGACGUGGCAAGAUGCCGUGGUGUCGUCUUUACAAGGAAACGAUGAUCCCACCAAGUUCACUGCAGUGUCGCUUGUUACUGCCGCCCAAGCGAUCUCUCGACGCCACAUCUCGACAGAAUACGACGUGACUCUCUACAGUAGCACGGCCCUCGUCGCCAGUCUGUUUGAAGCAGUCGACUUACUGGACCGAGUAACAUCGGCUGCUCUCGUCCCGUCGGUGUUUGCAGAGACGGCAGACCCAACUAAAGAGUUACACAUACGCCCUGACAAGGGCACCCUUGGCAAGGAAGUCCAUGUGCUUCCACCCACGACAGCACAUCCCGACGACCAAGCCGACAUGAACUUCACCAUGAUCCUGCGGCAAUCGUGGAGGUCGUGGCAUGCUACAUGAUAACCGGUGCUGUUUAUUGUGGUGGUAUUGUAGUGACGUUCGUUGUUUUUUUGGAGAAAAUAAGUCGUAACGUUACUCUAAAUAGUGUGCGGAACAAAUCCAUUUUUGGC